CAGUUGACCUUUGUCCGCCAACUCCCGCCAGCGCGCCGCAAAGCAAACUGUUGCCAGCCGCGAGUACACACUGGAAAGUUUUGGGACGUGGCCGAUUCAAACACAAUUUACCAAAUAUUCCACCCAACUGGGGAAUAUCUUAAGUUAUUUCGAGGUUCGUAUUCUGGACGAAGAGGCAAGGACGUCCCAGAGAAACGUGCUGUGUGAAAGACGAGGACAAGGUCGCUCAUCGUUUUUUGUUUGAAUCGGAAUGGACCUCGCACCGGCUCCACACAAACGUAGUUGCAUUUUCUCAGCAAGAUGGCGUUGAAGACUGCAGAUCCCUAAGAAGUAGAUGAUGUUUUCUCAGAGAGCUGCUGUGUUCUUGAUAACCGUGACAAUAGGGGCACAUGACCUGUUGGGUACCUGGGCUGCUGUACAGUCUCCCCUGUUUGCUGUGGGCAGAGGGCACAGCCGCUUGUCCUUGAACCCUGCUCCAAGACAGAAGUCAAAAACCAGGACCGGAGAGGAAGGUGAUCCACUAACAGAUGGAGGACGACCUGUGAACAUUAACCCUGGAGGGGGGUCACCGACACAGGGGCCGCAGUUACCUGCCAGUUCCAGCUCCCAACAGGGGCAGGGCAGCAACAACCCAGGGGAGGGAGUGGUGGAGGGGGUGGAUGGGAAUGAACCUGGUCAUGUGACACGUGCCAGGACUGUGCCAGUACCUACAGAGGAGUCUGGGAGGGAGCCAACUGUCCGCCCUCCCACUGAACCUGGAGAGGAACCUGGAGAGCCUACAGGUCCUCCUAGAGAACCAUCGCAGCCUCCUACAGAACGUGUGGAAACGGAGAGGCCUCUAAUCCCCCAAGUCACUGAAAGACCUAUCCUUGUGCCAGGCACUGAGCUGCCAAGGACACAACACCCUAAUAUUGGGGCAGAAACUGAAGAACCUCCUUUGAUAAGACCCACAGAACCUGAACCCACCGAGAGCCAUGUGGAUGAUGUGCGGACAACAACUAGUUUCCAACAGGUGCAGACCACAUCCACAGCAAGAUAUACCACUUAUCAACAAACAAGCACAGAGGAACCUCCAUCAACAGCCUACCUACCUGUGCAAUCAAGUGACAGAACCCCCACUGUGAGACCUGUUACAGAGCCAAGUUAUCAAUCUCCAACAGUGCAAGUGGCACCAAGCUCAUCUAAGACUUCUGCUUGGGUGCCAACACUGCCUCAGAUUUCACUUGUUCCCACUGUGAAGCCAGAGAAGCCAACAGAGAAGUUAACUUCAAGGCCAUCUUUGUCAAGUGUCAUUACGUCUUCCGUUACCACAUUGGCACCUACUGUAGAAGCUGAAAGAAGCUCCCCUCCCAAUACAAUACCCAUGUCAAGCACUAUGUUAGUGACUACUGUUUCUCAUAUCACAACACAAAGUUCAACCACCAGACAAACCAAACCUGUAACUCCUCUUGCCACAGUGAAACCUUCUUCCAUGCCACCUUCAACAGUUGAAACCUCAACAAUACGUCCCCCCACCACCAUGGCACCAAGCACCACAGUAAGCACCUCAGCUGUGACGUCCAGACAUCCUACCUCCAGAAGUAUCACACAGAUUCCAGAUCCUGAUUCCUACAUUAUGAUCGAGAUGAAGAUGUCAUGGCCUCAGUUUUGUAAAGCUCAGAAGGAGUUCAAAAAUGCUGUGAUAUCUGUGUUAAGAGGGAAGACAGUUAAUGAUGUGACUUACUCAGACGUUGUGUUAAUCAACAUCACCAGAAUAUGUCUGCCCAUUCGGUCCAGGAAAACCAGGGAAAGCUCUAUUACAGUUUCUUUCUUCAUAACUGGGAGGGAUGGGACGGAUCCUAAAAUGACAGAGGACAUCUAUUUCCUGUUGAGCAAGGAUCGUGAUGUCCUUGGAGGCAUUUUUAUUGGGAAGGUCCAAAAGGUGUACCUGGGUCCACCUGAAACAGAUGUAGCUGGCAGGGAGGGGACACAGGGCUCCAUGUCCAUAGGUGUGACAGCUGCUGUUACCAUUGCAGUCAUCUUCUGUAUCAGCCUCGUGCUCUUCAUAGCCAUACAGGUCAUCAGAAAACAGCAGAACAUUGCCUUCAAGAGGCAGUACUAUGGCAACAAGUCUACUCAAGGCCUGGACACAACUGACUCCUUCCCUCUGGAGUACUGUUCUCCGGAGAAGUCCAGUACACUGUCCUCAGAACCAUCCAAGUCAGAGCUGGCAUUCGUGAAUGAGGCUUUGGAGAGGGAUGGACCUUGUAACCUCCUCAGUUUGAGCGGCAUUGUGAAGUUCUACUCCAAUAUCAGGACCAUUGUGGAAGAAUUUGAGUCACUCCCAAUGCCGAUGCCAAAGUCUUCUGACAUCCCUCCAGGUACUGAGGACAAGAACAGAUACAUGAAUGUGCUGCCAGUUGUUCAGACCAGAGUUCCCUUACUGAAAAGACCAGGCUUUCCUCACUCUGACUACAUCAAUGCCAACUUUGUUACAGGUUAUAAGUUCCAGACCAGGGCCUACAUUGCCACCCAGGCACCCCUGGAGCAGACCUGCGAGGACUUCUGGCGGAUGGUGUGGGAACAGCAGUCUCCAGCCAUCAUCAUGCUGACAGACUUUGAGGAGCAGGAAGUGAUGGGAGAUGAAAAGAAGCCAAAGUGUGCCCAGUACUUCCCUCUGGACGAGGGGCUCCACAACACCCUGAUGUUUGGGGACUACUCAGUCACCACGAAAAAGUCAUGCCGGAGGAAGGGAUACAGAAUCACUACUCUGCAGUUAAAGGACUUGGAGCGUUAUGCCAAGAAGCUGAUGAAGUUGGAACAGGGUUCUGAGACAUCUGAGUCAGAGUCUGAUGAGGAGCUGGACUGGGUCGAAGGGACUGCCUAAGGAAACAAAACUUCCACUUGGUCCAAUUUUGUAGAGAAAGAACCCUUACUUAACAAGGUUAGACAAAUAUCUGAAGGUUUCUUUGUGAACAUCAAUGUAAGAAAGGACAGUGUUGUUCAGUAAGGUAGUGGUUAAAAAUACUCAUUAUUAACUCAGUUUGUCCUUGGAUAUGGAAAGAUUUUUGGUCGUUUCAGUCUUGCCAUGAUGGAUCUCUAAAAUCAGAUGGGCUUAUGUGGAAUUUGAAAGCCACCAGUGUUACUUCUGUGAUGUGUGCUUGUCAUAAAAGGACUGAGUCUCAACUAAGAGCCAUGAGCUGAUCAUUCAACAAUAAUGAUAUUGACCAUGUGUGCAAUACCCAUAGAAAUCCCUUGCCAUUGUUCUGAGUCACCUUGUGUGGUGUUCAUGCCAGAUAAAGAAAGGAAAGUAAAAGUUACUUUUAUAUGACAUGUACUUCACUUCAAAAUGUUUCAUUUGAGGUUUGGAAUU